AUGCAUCGGUGGAGAUACGAGAGGAAGCCACUAGUUCUGUGGCAAACCACAAAAAGGGAAGUAAAAUACCUACCGCGAGAAAUCAAAAAGAAAACCACUGUAGUGGCUUCGAUCAGCGGUUACAACAAAGGCAGCGAGAUCUUGCUUACGGUUGAGGAGAACGAAAUCUGCAAAAAAAAUUGUUAUAUUGUCUGUGCGCGUAAUGUGGAGAGCAGGAAGGGGCACUCCUUGCACAGUGCAAGGAGGCGAGUUCUCGACAGGCGCCGUGCAUUGGCCAGCCAGCGGCUGCUUACGGCAAUCCUAUCCCGUCGCAUUUUUGAGAGCUCUGCAUUUGCUGCUGCCCAUCAGAGGGCACCCAGCAGCGUGCCGACUACAUUUCCCACAAGCCACGGCUCGGGCAUCCUACGGUGGCCCAGAGCGACGCGAGCGAGCUUUCGCCUCGUCUGUAGCCUCUUUAAGAAUUAA